UUCCUUCGCUUCAACUGCCCCCACCACCCCUUAAACGUGAUCCCGGCUCAGCUAUCCCCAGGGCGGCAUCACCCAGGCACCCUGCGGCGCAGAUCUCCUGCGAUCCCGGGGGAUCUGUCAGAGCCGGGGCUGCGGAUUCCUAGCCCACCACCCACCCGCUCACUCCCCCCCGCACCCUGACCCGGAGCUGCAGCUCGUGCAAAGCAGGGAAAAGACAAGUUUUUCUCUCCCCUGACUUAGCUAAUCGCGGAGAGCCCUGCGCGCUGCCAGCGCCUUUUGUGGCAAAGUGUUUUCUGGUGGAAAGAUGGUGGCUUGAAACUUUGAUGCUUUAAUGAGCGCACUGAAGGGUUGGUAGGUAAAGGGACUCCAGCCCCUCAGGUAUAUUUUGCAUUGUGAGUUUCCUUUAAAAAAACCAACCAACCAACCCAACAAAAGAGCCAGGAACUUACCAAAUCCUCCGCCAAGGAACCUGCUUUUCAGUGCUUGCCCUCCCUGCCGUGCAAAGCUGGGGGCUGUCAACGUGCAAAGUUUGAUUUACUCCCCUGCCCGCCUGCGGAAGGAAUGAAGCUGAAAUGAAAAGAGGCAGCACAUGGGACUGGCUAGAGGACUGGCUUUCCCGGCUUGCCAUUCAAAGGGAUAUGUUAUGAUGGGGCAAACCGCGCGCUGUUAAGUCACCGGGCUGCCGCUGAAGGUAUAAUCGUUUCUGGAUUCUUCCUUCCCCUUCCUCGCAGCGCAGUUCUGUAAGAUGGAAAUGACGGUACAUCAUGUGUCCCUCUGCACUCCCCAGGUUUGAAAGAUCAAAAAUCUGUACAAUACAGACGGAACCAGUUUUCAAAAUGGAAUUCCAGUUUGCGCUCUUUUUUGUAGGGAUAAUUGCAUUUUCAGAUUCAGCCCGAGGCCCACCCAGAAUUGCUGAUAAAGUGAUCCACCGGCAGUCCGUGAGGUUAGGAAGAACCAUCAAGCUCCUGUGUCCGGUAGAAGGUGACCCGCCACCUCUGACUAUGUGGAUGAAAGAUGGACGGACUAUCCACAGUGGCUGGACAAGGUUCCGGAUCCUGCAGCAAGGACUGAAAAUCAAGGAGGUGGAAAGUGAAGAUGCAGGAACAUACAUCUGCAAGGCCACCAACGGCUUUGGCAGUAUGAGUGUGAACUACACCCUUAUUGUGAUUGAUGAUGCCAGCUCAGGAAAGGACAGCCCGCUGUCUGAAGGCUCCAAUGGCGAAUAUGAAGAUCAUUCUGGGAAGCAGUGGGCCCGGCCCAGAUUCACGCAACCUGCCAAGAUGCGACGGAGGGUGAUUGCACGGCCUGUAGGAAGCUCAGUCCGCCUGAAGUGUGUUGCCAGUGGGAACCCUAGGCCUGACAUCACCUGGCUGAAGGACAAUAAGCCCCUCACACCUCAGGAGAUUGGGGAGAACAAGAAGAAGAAGUGGACAUUGAAUUUGAAGAACUUAAAGCCUGAGGACAGUGGGAAAUACACUUGCCGAGUGUUUAACAAAGUUGGAGAAAUCAAUGCGACAUAUAAAGUUGAAGUAAUCCAGAGGACUCGGUCCAAACCCAUUCUCACGGGAACGCACCCUGUGAACACUACCGUGGACUAUGGCGGGACCACGUCGUUCCAGUGCAAGGUCCGCAGCGACGUCAAGCCCGUCAUCCAGUGGCUGAAAAGGGUGGAGUACGGCACAGAGAACAAGUACAACUCCACCAUUGACGUUGGGGGGCAGAAGUUUGUCGUGCUGCCCACUGGGGAGGUCUGGUCCCGUCCGGACGGCUCCUACUUAAACAAACUGAUGAUCACACGAGCCAAAGAAGAGGACGCUGGGAUGUACAUCUGCCUAGGGGCAAACACAAUGGGAUACAGCUUCCGCAGUGCUUUCCUCACAGUGUUGCCAGACCCCAAGCCACCGAGCGCCCCUGUGGCCCCGUCCUCUGCUAGCAGCCUGCCGUGGCCGGUGAUCAUCGGGAUCCCCGCUGGAGCGGUCUUCAUCUUCGGGACGAUCCUCCUGUGGCUCUGCCAGGCCAAAAAGAAGCCCUGCUCUCCCCCAGCUGCAGCGCCCGUGCACAGACCGCAGGCCAGAGACAGGAUCUGUGUCUCCCAGGGUCCUGACAAAGACUGCAUCUCCUCCAUAAACUAUGAGGAAUACGUAGCCCACCAGCAGCAUUUGCUAUCCCAAGGGCCUGCAUUGGCCCCAGCCGUGGCAUCGAAAAUGUACCCAAAGAUUUACACAGACAUCCACACUCACACGCACUCACAUGUGGAAGGCAAAGUUCACCAGCAUCAGCACAUUCAUUAUCAGUGUUAAAGGGCAGCCAGAGACCGUAGCUUAUUGGUGCUUUUUUCUCACGGUACCUCAGAACAGACUGCUUCGAGUCAGCUAACACUGCCAGCAAAAGGCAAAGUGGACAGAGGAGGGAGAGAGAGAGAAAGAGAUUUUUGUUGUUGUUGUUAUUAUUACCGUUAGGAUGUAGAUGAGGAAUAAUGAAGGAAUUCCCAAUCUCAGCACGAAGGUGGCCAUCUAAAACAAUGGAAACUUCUUGUAUGUCUAAAUCAAGAUGGCAACAGAUAAGGCAGGAAGCUGUGACAUGAAACACCACGGAGCCUGUUGCAUUGCCAAGCAGAGGAAGAAGAGGAGAAUACGAUGAUAUU